GGGUUUCGAGCAGUUGGGGUUAAUUUCCGCCCAGUGGUGGACGUUCAGUCGUAGCCCUCAACUUUUCUUCGCUGACAGACGUCGUCAUGUCCAACAACAAUGCCAGCAAUAACUUAGCUAUCGCUCAAAGAGCCGUGAAGCAGCUCCGGCUAGAGGCCAGUAUCAGGAGGAUCAAGGUGUCCCAGGCUGCUGCUGAGCUGAGGAACUUCUGUCUGCAGAAUGCCUCCAAGGACCCUCUCCUGGUCGGGGUCCCCUCCAGUGAUAAUCCCUUCAGACCUCCCAAGUCCUGCUCCCUGUUCUGAGCAGAACGACAGGUGGAGGAUUUCUGAAUUUAUCCGUCGAGGGCUUUCUUCACUUCUACUUGAUGUCACUGUGGAUUGAACCAGCAGCUCCUCCUGGGAUGAUGCAACAUGGGACUGAUGGGUUCGGGGGAGGGAGCUUUUUCUCUUGUUUGCCAAAACUAAUGGUAUCAUAACUCCCAUCUGUUACAUUAAAACAGGGCCAAACUCUACAUGUUAGGAAAAAAAAUUGUUGUUGACACUAACUUGACUAAUGAUUAAGCCGUUUUGGUUUAUCUAGUACUUACCGUGUCCGGUCUACAUUUACUGACCUAAUGGUGCCUGUCUCCAGUCAGUGAAAUUCAGCCCAUGUGAUUGGCUACUGAAAAUGCAACUUGCUCUUGUGUUUUGUGUGAAACAAUCAAACAUUAAUUUAAACCAAGUGCUGUUCAAGAAUAAGAACAUGUUGUGUUAUAUAUACACUGUAUUUCAUAUUGUGGUCAACAGACAUACUGAGAGCUUUUGAGCUAAACCAAUGUGUCUUAAACUGUUCAUGCAUUUGUGACAAUGGUAAAGAUGUUACUACUAUUCUGAGGUUCAACAUGGUACAGAUUUUAACCCCAUCAGUGUGAUUGUUGAAUGACCUUUAGCCCAUCUUUUUUCUGUAUAUAUUUUACAGCCUGUUGAGGUUGAUAUGAGGCAUAUGUUCCUGUCUUAAAUUAAAAUAAAACUCUUCAGGCAGGCCUGACACUAUUUGGGCGGUGCCACUUGGUAGCAAAUUUAAAGUAUAUCACUUUAGAUACACAAAUUGCCAAACAGCAUAUUCAUGUGUCCAAAUAUUGUUUGUAUUUAAUGAAUCAUGCUGUCGUAACUUGUUGCAUUAAUUGUUUUCCACACAUGAAACAUAUUCCAAUCAACCAAAACUAUUACUACUGUUAGCCUGUAUCUUUCUUACCUUUGCUACUAUGGGCAAACCUUUAGAAAUUAAAUUACUUUUUGGGACACUGUA